GUCCUCCUGGACGCCGGCGGGGAGCCGCUGGGCUCUGACUGCGCUGCGCCCCCAGUGUGGAGGCGGACCUGUCGGGGUAAUUGGGGCGCCCGCAGUCGUCCCCUCGCCGCGAUGUCACCUCUCUGGGAGCCACGGCUCUGGCUCAGCCCGCUGGGCCCCCGCGUCCCAGGGUGCUCUCGCCGACGCCCCUCCCCGCCUCGGUUCCCGGGUUCAGCCUGGCGGGUGAGGCCCUCACCUGGGACCCCCUGCCUUGGGGGGCAGCCCGCGUUCACUGCACGGAGCAUCCCUGCGCCUCCCGUGCUCGCGGAGGUCACACUCCCGCGUGGCCUUUGUCAGCGAGCUUCCAGUGAGCAGAAGCAGCUCGUGUCCCAGUGAUUGGGGGACUGGGGCAGGCUGUGUCCUUGAGCCUGCACCACUGGCCCAGGACGGUCAAGUUGGAGCCCGGUGAUGCCUGAGUUUCUUGCUUCUGGAAUCGAACUGGGAUUUUCUGGAAGUUCCGCUCCAAGUACACGGUGCACGUCAGAUCAUUUUCAAAAAAGCCGUGUGGAGGUUAUGGAUGAUAAGCCCGGUCCUGGACCACUGAGUGAGACUUCAGAAUUUCUCUUCUCCUUUGGAGUUAUAGCAGAUAUUCAGUAUGCUGACUUAGAAGAUGGCUAUAAUUUCCAAGGAAACAGACGGCGAUACUACAGACACAGUCUGCUCCACUUACAAGGUGCUAUCGAGCACUGGAAUACAGAAGGCAGCCCGCCCCGCUGUGUACUUCAGCUUGGAGACAUCAUUGAUGGAUAUAACGCACAGUAUAAAGCCUCUGAAAAGUCGCUGGAACUUGUUAUGAACACAUUCCAGAUGCUUAAAGUUCCCGUUCAUCAUACAUGGGGGAACCAUGAGUUCUAUAACUUCAGCAGAAACUACUUAACAAAUUCUAAACUUAACACAAAGUUUCUGGAAGACCAGAUUGUGCACCAUCCCGAGACCGUGCCUUCAGAGAACUACUAUGCUUAUCAUUUUGUACCGUUCCCUCAAUUCCGGUUCAUUUUACUGGAUGCUUACGACUUGAGCGUCUUGGGCGUGGAUCAGUCCUCUGCAAAAUACCAGCAGUGUCUGAAGAUACUGAAGGGUCACAAUCCAAACUCGGAAUUGAAUAGUCCUCAAGGACUGUCUGAGCCCCAGUUUGUCCAGUUCAAUGGAGGAUUCAGCCAAGAGCAGCUGAACUGGUUGAACGAAGUCCUCACCUUCUCGGACACAAACCAGGAAAAGGUGGUGAUUGUGAGCCAUCUUCCCAUUUACCCAGAGGCCUCUGACAGUGUGUGCCUGGCCUGGAAUUACAGAGACGCGCUGGCCGUCAUUUGGUCCCACAGGUGUGUCGUGUGUUUCUUCGCCGGUCACACUCACGACGGUGGCUACUCCGAGGAUCCUUUCGGUGUGCACCACGUCAACCUAGAAGGGGUUAUAGAGACGGCGCCGGACAGCCAGGCUUUUGGCACCGUUUAUGUCUACCCUGACAAGAUGAUGCUGAAAGGGAGGGGCAGGGUCCCGGACAGGAUCAUGAAUUAUAAGAGGGAGAACGCCUUCGGGUGUUAGUCUGGCUCACCGCGUUUCAUCUCGCUUGCCUUUGGGGAGAGAGAGCACGGCUGAGCUUUGGGUUUUUGUUCAUCUCCCCCCCCACCCCACCCCCCACCCCCCGCCCCGAACCCUCAGGCUCCUUGCUUAGUAUUCUCUUUGCACGACAAAACGGAUCUGUGGCCUCGGUGCGCGUCAGCUCACGAGAUAUUCUGACGUGUCGUUUUUGGAUAACAGAUCCGGUGCUGAGAACUGGACACAGAAUGAAUGCAGGCGGCGUGAAUAAGCCAGGGCAGAGACUGAGGGGGGUGGUCGAGUCCUCAAGACAGACUUCAUUUAGCCCGAUCUGGAAUUUUUUUUUUUUUUUUUUUUUUACCAAGGAGGAUAUAUU